AGAGAGUUAAGCUCUGCUGCCAGGAAUUUGCAGUUUCUCCCUAGGCCGCGGGGGAUGGAAGAGGGCGGGAGAGCGGGCAGGCUAUGCAACAAGUGGAGAAUUCUCUAUUGGCCUCUGGAAUGCAUGAGCUGAGCAAGGGAUUUCUGUGGACACCCAGCCUUAUGUGAGCUGUGCCUUGGCUCUCGCUGUCCCUUCUGGGGCAGCCGAACCGGGUGAUGGCUUCAUCAGAGUGGCUCCCUGGGAUGUCCCACCAGCGCGACCUCUGCCGCCGCACCGUUCAUCUGCUGAGGAAGAUGCGCUCAGAUGUCAGUAGCCUCCUGGAGUCCUACGUGAGUCUUUUCUUUGAAACUCUUCUUCCCACUCUCUGCAGCUUGGAUGUCUUCUUUGCUUAGCCUCAAAAGCUCUGGCCACCUGUUUUCUUUGAAUUUUGAAAGCAGGGCUUCAUUUCAGAGGGAAAAAGAACCCUGUUGAUCUUAAACUUCAUUGAGCUUUCUGAGGGAGCAAAAUGUUUGUCGUUCCACUGUAAGGAAAAAGUGAUGCUUUUGCACUGAUCAGGUGUGUUGCUGAGCUGAGUGUGGGGCCUUUCCCUUGAGAAAGCAUAAUGGGCUUUGUACUCUUUCUUCUCUCACAAAUUAGACCAUUUUUACCAGAUAAGGCAUAUUAAUGCUCCCAGUAUGGGGUGCCUUUAAUUUGGAUUUCUAGUGAGAUUCAUAAUUAUAGAUAAGUGGUAGUUUUUCCUAAUCAGGGCUUAGCUAGAGCCUUCUGUGCCUCAGGUUAUUUAAUUUUAUUCCAGUUGAAACUGUUAAGCCCCUAAUCUCUACCUGGUGUUUUGGUAAAUCCAGCCCUGCAGAGGGCAUCUAAUCUUGAUGGGAAGGCACCGGUCAGCUCCUCCUCACUCCACUCCCUUUGAAAGCAGUCUUCGUAGUUUUAUAUAUUUAACAAUGAAGGGGGAAAUGAAUCACUGUGGCACAGAAUCAAGUAAUUAGAAAGGGCCGUAUAUCUUCCCGAGUCCACUCCCUGCCCACAGGCAGAACCAUCCACCCACAACUCGGCUGGCGCUUUGUUACAGCAAGGGCAGAACAAAUAGCUCCAGAUAACUCAUGCAGUAAUUUUAAGGCACAUAUUGGGGAUCAAAGAAAAAUAAGGAAAACAAGCUGGUUUUGACCUGGAAGGGGUGUGGGACUCAUUUCUAUUGCCAAACCUUGGUGGUCCAUCAAAGCACUUGUCCCAGAAGGAAUAUUUUGGAGCAGUCUUGUCAUGGUAGGAAGUAGGUUUUCCAUCCCUAUCAGAAGUCAAGACAGAGUUCGAACCAGGGGCUUAAUUUAAUUAUUUUGUAGCAGACCUGCCCUGGGACAGGGUAGGGGUGGAAAUAACAGGAUAGGAACCGCUCGGUUCCUAUAAUAUAGCGCCAUCUUGUGGAGGCUACAUGUAUAACAUUCUCUUCUUGGAGUACCUUUGGAAUCCAUAUCUGAAUGAGGUUUACACACCUCUACAGACUUUCCACACUGUAUACUGUAACUAUUAGUUAUUAAGUUAUAUACUGAUUACAUGCAUGCCAAAAUUGCCUAAGCGGUUUGCAAUUAUAAAGUCAAUCAGUAGUUAAAAUACAGUGCACAAUAACUCUAAAACGUCCUGAAUUAAAAUAUACAACAAGACAAGCAAUUAAAUAGCAUAACUGUUAAAAUACCUAAAAACUUGAUAAAGCAAUAAAAUCGCAAGUCCAGUUCAGGGGAAUGCCAGGGUGAACAGUUGUGGUGUAACAAUUGCCUCGAGAAAAAUAUGGGCAGAAUUUCUGAAAAGCUUUUUAUUUUCCCCACCUACUUGCUCCCUUUCCGAUUUCUUUUCUUCUAGGUUGAGAAACAAGGGUUGGACAAAAACUUCAACCUGGACUCGAUUGACGGCGUGCCAACAGCUGGCACUGAACAGUGGGGCGAGAUUUCAGAUGCGGAGCGGCUAGCAGACAACCUGAAAGCUUACUGGGCGUUUCAGAUAUUACUGGAUGAAAUCCUGGAAGAGCAGAGGUCCAGCUUGAGCCCGGACGACACAGCUUUCCACGAGUCUAUCCAGUCCGUUGUGCUCCAGGUCUCGGGUCUCGCUUACCAACUGGAGGAACUGAUGGCGAUGCUGGAGCACAAUGUACCAGCCAAAGAGUUGGGAAGUAUCAGAGAUGCUGGUGGAAAGAGCUCAUUUGAGAAGAAAAUGAGGGGCAUGAAAGUACUGCAGGAGCUUGCCCAAUGGACUGUCCGGUCUGUCCGGGACUUGCACCAUAUCUCCAAGUCUGUUCAGGCAGGCGCCAUCCCACGUUCGAGUCGCCGCCUGGCUCAAGCCCAGAAGAAAUGAGGCUGCUCUUCUCUGUCGAGGGUCUUUCCUUUCCAAAGGCCGUACCUCCCUCUCAGCUGUGGUGUAUUGGGCUGGUACAGUAUGGUCAGAGUGAGCCCUCUGAUGAGAGAAUAGGAGUGACUAGCGCUUUCCAGAUGUUAGUAUUUAUUUCCUUUUGAGAAAUCCUCAAAUUCAAGCCGCAUACCAACAUUAAUUUUGGUGUGGAUUCACACAACCUUUGUCUUGGAGACUUCAGCGACCACAUGCCGGUUGGGGCUGACUUGCACACACUUUGUUCUGAGGAUUCAGGGUGGGUUGCAGUAUCUGUAGCUUUAGAGAAACCUCGGAAUUUAAUCUGGGGAAGGUCAGCCAGCAGGUAUACAGGAUGAACCAGAGAUUUCAGCCUCUCCUCUUUCCCCUUCCCACCACGUUCUGAACCCUGCAGUCUUAUUUGCUGUUACUGUUUCUUUGAAGUUCUCAUCAAAAUCCUUUUUGACUUCCAUGCGCUGGGAGGGGGAGAAAACCUUUACUUGAGUUUGCCUUGACAGUAAGUCAUCUGAAUCCACCUCUGCUGAAUUUCCCUUGGGCAAAUUCAACUAAAGUGAUUAUGUAAGCUGGAUCCAAUGAAGCGUUGCAGGGGGGUUGGACUAGAUGACCCUCGUAGUUCCUUUCAAUUCUACAAUUCUGUGAUUCUAUGCCAUGGUACAUAAUAAAGCCCUGCUCAGAUCUGGGAACUCACAACUUGUCACAGGCAUCUAUUUGGCUGUAGUCAGUGGUGUCCCUCUGCAGCCUUACGUUGCCCCCAGAUCUGCUCAAGAGGAUUGGACCUUUUAGAAAAGUGUGAUAAGGUAGCACAGGAGACUACAGUAGAAAAAGUGAAUUUGCAAAAUCAGCUCCCAACCCCCUUUCAGCUCACAGAAUCCUCCGCUGGAAUAAAGAUUCUUCCAUUCUGGGGAAGGACACAGUACAUGGACCCUUUGAUGUCCAGUUUGUCCCAGUUCACCAUGGGGGUUCUAAAGUGGAUCACAAUCAGACCCAGGUCAUGAUCUGCCUGGAUCAGAUCAGGUUAAGUCUGCUUUGGAAGCCGGCUUCUGCGGAUUCCUCCCUCCAGCCCUAGAUACACAAAGGCUAACAGUUGGGGAAAGAAUAUUUGUUGGCCUGGAGAUCUGACAAAGCUCCGCCACUUGGAGUAAAUAAAGAUGAAAAUGUGAUGUCCAACAACUGGAAGGAAUUAAAGCCACCCCUUUCAAGUUCUCAGUUUUACCAUUACCAGAAGAAGUUGUAUAAUCCACUUUCCAGGAAUGCUUCCUUCUGCUUAUGAACUGGAACAGGAUGGAGGAAUAAGAGCUCCUGCAAGCUGCUUCUUUUUUUUUAAGUGCCAAGCAAACUAAUGCAAAUUCAUUGCUAAUUCAUUCACUUCAAUGAGAGGAUAUUAUGGAAGUGGUGUUUCUGUGUCUGAAUAGGGUUCUAAAAUUGCCUGUGCCCCUGGUGCAUUCUUUGAAAAGUCUCACAGCAGGCUCCAGAAGACCCUGUUGUUUCCCAUGGAAGGCUGGCUGUCGACAGCGAAUGCUGCUUGUGCGCCAGAAAACUCCUGCACUGAACCUGCUUUGCUAAUGUUUUGCGCAGGGACAAGUGCUUCAUUUACGCAGGAAAGGGGCCCAUUUAAUAGUUCUAGGCUCACUGACACUGAAACUAUAUUUAACCAUGACGUUGAAAGACUGUAUACAAAAGCAGAUUAGUAUUUUCUGGAAAUGGCUGCUUUCAAACCAAAGCAGUUGGCAUUUUGUUUUUGCUAAACUAACCGGUUAGGUUUAUUACAUAAGGCUGCAAUCCUCAGCAGACAGAGGAGUAAGCGAUGUUGAACAUAUUAAGCUUUACUUCUCAGUAAAUUUGGAAAUGCACACCUUGGCAAUGCGCUAUGUGGCUGCGGAGCUAGCCGCUUAAAUGAACUGCUGUUUUUUUCUCUGGGGAAGGUGCAAAAUCUCUUUUUUAAAAAUGGAUUUAAUAUAUAAAUGUGUACAGAUUGGCUAAUCAUUCAUGUGGAUCCUUUAAUCUAUGCCAACUGCUAUUUAAAAUGAGCUAAAGGAGACGCGGGGUUUACUUUUUAAUCUGCAUUGGUUCUGUGUUCUUGGAGCAACUGGCAUGAAUGAAUUAACCCUUAGGGUGACUUCUCUGAAUGUGUGUGUGUGUGAGAGAGAAAGGGGGUGGGGAGACUUCAGAGUGUCAAAAAAUCCCAACAGGAAAUGUUAAAUAUUCGGUCCAGUGUGCCUAAUUCAGAAGAACGAAACUAAAAGUGACUAGAAUGAGUUGUUGUUUGGGUCGAAGACUCUUUUAAUUGGUGGGGAAGAGUUUCUGCCAGAUGAUCUAGGGCAAUUAUAAAAGAACAGAGUGUUCGUUUACUGCACAAAGGAGAUGGUAAAGGGACGGGUUUUUCAAUCCAUCUCUCAAAUUAAAACCGGUUUGGUGAUGGAGAGGGUCUGCGUUACAUGGCUUGCACUAGCGUCCUGGGAUUCUGCACCAAAUUAAUCCAAAUUUUGCUCUCUGACUAAAAAGAUGCAGGACUGUAAGUCCUAUUUAGAGUAGAUCCAUUUAAAUUAAUGAACCUAAGUUGGCCGUGUCUGUUAACUUUAGUGAGUCUACUCCAAGUGAGACUGGCAUUGACUGCCACUCAUAGAUACAACUCAUAUAUUUAACCAGCUUAACUGAUAGGAGUCUUUUGUUGAAUCUGGAGUACUUUGGUGACAGAAGGAAAGAGACAAAUACUGGUAAGGGGAAGAGCAACAGAAUGUCUGUGGGAAGGGGAACGUGACUAGAGUCCUUUGCAUUCUUUCUAGGGAAUGAUCACCAUUGAAAUCAGUAGGAUUUACUUCUGUUUAAACAUACUCAGGAUUGGGCUGGGAAGGUUAUGAAGGAGAGCCAGGUCACACAGAAGCUCAUUCUCUGAAUAAAGGUAAAGGUAAAGGGACCCCUGACCAUUAGGUCCAGUCGUGACCGACUCUGGGGUUGCGGCGCUCAUCUCGCUUUAUUGGCCAAGGGAGCCCGCGUACAGCUUCCAGGUCAUGUGGCCAGCUUGACUAAGCUACUUCUGGCGAACCAGAGCCACGCAUGGAAACACUGUUUACCUUCCCGCUGGAGUGGUACCUAUUUAUCUACUUGCACUUUGACGUGCUUUCGAACUGCUAGGUUGGCAGGAGCAGGGACUGAGUAACGGGAGCUCACCCCGUUUGCGGGGAUUUGAACCGCUGACCUUCUGAUCGGCAAGUCCUAGGCUCUGUGGUUUAACCCACAGCGCCACCCACGUCCCUUCAUUCUCUGAAUACUGGACUUUAAAAAACCCUGUCUACUUCUGCUGAAUAAAGUUGGGCUUUUUUUCUUUCCCAAAUACGACUUCCGCUGAAUAAAGGUAAAAUUCCAAUUCCAGAUUCUGUGUAAAAUUCAGCACUUGUGGCAAAUGCCCCCUUAUCUUUCCUGUAAAGGUGUGUUGGGUGGGGUGUUUUGCUUCUGCUGCUUUUCACACAUGGGGAGUGAAUGUCAAAGGACAGGUAAUGCUUGGAGAGGUUAGACUAGCCUUCCCCUAUAUGAUGUCCUCCAGAUGUUGCCAGCCUUAGCCGCCAGCAUCCCUGACCAUUGGCUUGGUGAUGCUAGCAGGGAAUGAUGAGAACAGGAGUCCCAUCACAAACAUCUGGAGGGCACCAAGCUGCAGAAGGCUGGGUUAGACCAAUUCAUAUUUCCAUAAUCCAUAUUUUGAAGGAGCUCCUCUGAAGGCUAUGACCUAUUUUUUAUAUAGAGAGAAAAUAGUGCUCUUUCAUUGACUAGGAUUCAGACUUAGCAUUCUACGUAUGAAUAGAUGGGCACUUUCUGUUCCUAAAAGUGACUUGAUCUAGCAAGGGGAGUGAUUUUUGUUAAUUUCCCUAUUCCCCAGUGCAAGUUCCCGUGCUGUUCUAGAGAGUCCCCCCAGCCUCUGGAUCAGAUCUGGCAGGGAUUGCAUGGAAAGAGGAAAUUAGCGAAAUAUAUAUGAAAGGCACAAUUCAAUUUCCCACUAAAGGUCACCUUUAUCUAUUGUGCUGUUUCUAACUUGAAUAUUUAUAUUUAUGCUAUAUUUUAAAAUGUGAAAUGUUUCUUCUAGCAAGUUUUUUUAAAAAAAUACCUUUAGAAAUGUAUGAAAUCUAUAAUUAUCGGAGGUGCUUCCUUAUUUUAUAUUGUGAAUUUUGAAGAAAUGCCUCCCAUAAUAAAAUUUUGAGUUUUCUAACUUGGAAGCAGAGUGAAAAUAUCACAGUUGCUUCCCAGUUGUGAUCUCACUUGUUGCAAGAAGGCUUUCUGCAUCUAGAAAAAGAAUAUAACAUUAUUAAGAGGGUUGCGAUAUGUAAUUGGUUGAAAAUUUUGAUCAACUAAACGUGUCCCACAGUUACUUGGGCAGAUUUUAUAGAGCAUACAUUUUAAUAUAAGUAAUUAGAAAAACUUUAGAUGGCAAGUGCAGUCUUAGGAGAAGCAUUUCCCUCCUCAUCUCUCCCACAUGGGAGAGAAUGUGUCUCCUAAGAACAUGGUGUCUAAAGCACAUGCAUCAUCUAAAAGGUGGCUGGGGGAACCUGUAGCUCUCCAGAUGAUUUUUGACUCCAUCUCCCAUCAGCCCCAGCCAGCAUGGCCAAUGGUCAGGGAGAAUGGGGGUUGUAGUUCAGCACAUUUGGAAAGCCACAGGCUCCCUACCCUAAUCUGUAAACAAAGUAUGCUUACUAUAUGCUACCCAUUUGUAAAUUUAACCAAUUAAUGGAUUACUCACCAAACUGAUGUGAUUAAAGAUUUGUUUAAUUGUGUGAGAGCCCUAAUUAUUGAUUGCACCAAAGUGUGUUAAAAUAAUUUGAUUAAAUAAAGUUGAUUUAUUUUUUAACAGGA